AUGGUGGCAUUUCUGAAGAAGGCACCAGAAGAUGAAGCCGCUGUCAUAGACUUGGACUCCGAGGAGGACAAGCCACCAGAUUUGUCCAUCUGUGCCCGUUGUAGAAGACCUCUGUGGAAGAAGAAUCCACAGCUGAAACUGACAGCGGAUGCUCUGCGGGGUGUGGGUGAACUGCCACAACUCCAACGCUUGAGGGCUUACCGGCGAACUGCUGAGAGGCAGAAUGUUCCCUUUACCAUCUCCGAGAAAAGUGCCUGCGCCAUGAUGCGAAGCCCCUGUGUCGGCUGCGGCCAGGUGGCUCCCUUAAGGGGUCAUGGGCUCACCCGCUUGCGGCGCUGGUGUGGCCUUGAACGUCCCAAGACACGCACAGGCUUCAUGGGACCCUAUUCGGAGGAAAACUUGGCACCAGCUUGCAGCAUGUGCAACAUGAUGAAAGGCUACCGAAAACUUCGUGCUUUUGUGGAGUGCUGUCGUCACAUCGCCACCAAACACACGGAAGGUGAAGACUUUGGGGAAUAUCCUCAGCGUUUUCGGGACAAUGUCUCCAAGCGGUCUCGAUCUUGCUACAUCACGCAAUCCAGCACGCAUUCGAAAACUCAUUCCCUGACCAAUGAGCAGUUCAAUGCGAUCGUGGCACAGAGGUGCUUCUACUGUCAUAAGGAGCCGCGCAAGGCCAAGACCAAUGGCCCCAGCGACCGCGGUCACUUCAAUGGCUUAGAUCGCUUGGAUUCCAAGAACCGCGUCUACACAGCAGAGACCUCGGUAGCUGCAUGUGGGGAUUGCAACAUCAUGAAGUACAAAUGGGACCUGGAGGAUUUCUUGGAGCACUGCCGGAAGGUGGCUCGCUUCCACCAGGGCGCAGAGUUUUCGGACAGCGACGCAGAGGAGGAAGCGGCCUGGCAGGAUACAGCGAUCAUCGUGGAGGAGCUUUCCCUCGACGAAACUGAUGCGGCGGAAAAAGGGGCAGUCUUUGAGGGCAAAAGAUGGCCGAAGACUUCGCACGGCUUAAAGCAUGGCGAGCUCAAAGCGGCACGGAAGGCUGAUCUGAGCAGACCGGGCAUGCAUGGUGAAUACUGUAAAGGAUUAGUUGAAGAGUUGGAAGCGCUCUAUGGUAAAGUGCGGCAGCAGGACAAAGAGAUCAAGAACAAACAAAGGCAAAUAGAGGAGGAACAAGCUAAGGUGGCAGAGUUGAACGAGGCUGUGGCUCUUCGGGACCGCAAGUGGGAUUCCUUAGCCCAGGAUUAUUGCUUAAAGCUUGUGAAAAUGAGAGAAGAGAUUGUGCAACGCGGGAGCUUGUGCUCGUGGCUUCAGUGUGCCUUCGACGAGAUCCGCUUCAAAUGGAAAGCAGCAGAAGAGAAGGAGAAGCUGAAGAUUGAGCACCACCAACGCAUGCGCAAGGCUCGUGCGCAAGCGCGCCUGGAAGUCAUCAGCCGUGAGAGGCAGCGCAGGCUGCUGCAGGUGCGGAGGAUUUCAGGAUUUCAAACAUGGGCACCAUGUGGAUUCGACAUGAUUUAA